AUGCUGGAGCCGACCUGCAGGGCCUUCUUUGACCUGCAAGGAGUCCAGCUCCGUCCCGCCCCGGAUGCAGUCAUGACGACCCAUGAGGCUCGAGUGGUGGAGAGCGCACCGGUACGGUCCGGGAAUACCAUGGAGCCGGCGGCACAGAACAGAUCCGAAGCGGUAGAGGGACAGAGGGACGUACCUGCCGCAAACCGGGACGCAAAUCCAAGAGUAGGGGAAACUUCAUAUUCCCGCCGACCUGCACCGGGGGGUGCACUACUGAGUGGCCCGAUAUCAAGGUCAGCCCAUGCGGACGAGCGUGUUAGGUCUGGAGUUAGGCAGCUCAGGUUUGCUGAUCGGAUUAGGAGGCCGCCGGAACGCGAAGCACGGACGGAGACCGACUUGGCAAGUGUAGCAGCUGAAGGCGAGGAGGGUGUAGAAGAUCCACAGCUGCCAAGUCAGGUCGAACAGGCAGAGGAGCAGUGGAGGAAGGCGGCUGAUGAUAAGCGGAUGGCCGAAGCAGAAGCCAAGAGGAGACGGGCUGAAGAGAGGCAACGGCGCCGUGAUGGCGACACCGAUCCUAUCGUCUCUUUCCCGGGAACAGGAGACAUACGUGAAGCAUGGGAGCGUGGGGCACGAGCCGCUGCAAGGGCACACGUGGGAGUGGCAGGAGAGGAGCUCGCCAGCAAUGUGCGGCAGCAUAUCGAGGAGGAUAGGGGAUACGCGAAAGUUUGCUUGCCCAGCGUAAAGCAGAAGGCGGCUGAAGAGGCCCGGAGAGGGGACGUCGACAUGCCAGAGAAUUCGGGAGAGGCGAAAAAGAAGGCGCAGAGCAACGCGGGUGCAAAGGCUCAUAAGAUGGCGGAGGUAGAGGCGCACCAGAAAGCAGAGGAUGCGGCCCAUUGUGCGGAGGCAGUCGCGCGUAAAGAAGCGGGUGCAGCAGCAGAGCUGACGUCGGAGGCAGUCGAGCUGCAGGUGGUGGAGGCAGUGGCGCAAAAGGAAUCAGAGGCAACGGCGAGCCAGAAGGAUGAGGUAGCGGCGCAGCAGAAUGAUGAGGCAGACGCACAUAAGGAAUCAGCGGCAGCAGCGCAGCAGAAGGAUGAGGGUGCGGCGCCCAGGAUGGUUGAGGUAGAGGCGCAGAAGGAAUCAAAGGCAGCGGCGUAG